AUGGAAAAAGUGGAAUCGGCCCUGGACGUGCUAUCACGUGCAGCAACUAUGGUGCAACCGUGUCCUGCAUACCCUGCGAGUGACUCAGACGGCUUCGUAUCAAUUAGUCAGUUUAGAAUCGUCUCGGAAUUCAGCGACCGACUGUGCGCGUACGCGUCUGUUUUGUAUAGACGAAGUAUCCAUAUGGUAGGUGGCAUCUGGCCUUGUAGGCGGGUCACAUUCCUGAAUCCAGCUGACAUUGUUUAG